GAUCCACUAAACAAAUUGAAAUGUAUGGACGUUCAUCUAUGCCAAGUACUUCUUCAGCCCAAAGCUGUUUAUCGACAAAGAAAUCUUGAAAAGAUGAAAAGAAAAUAUGCUGACUUUGAUUCUGCGAAGAAGAAGGACUAUAUUGAUAAAGUUAGAAGCAGGAACAAGCUAAGGAAUCCACAAGAUAAGUGGUUUUUGAGAGCUCAAAUAACAAUGAAUGAGUCCGAAGGUUCAAUUGAUACGAGUCUAAAUAGUAGCCCACAAACACAUGAAUGGAAGAAAGUUCAAAAGUGCAGUUAUUGUGAUGCUGCUAGAUUUCAGUACGAGCCUCUGACUUUUUUUGUUGUGACAAGGGAAAAGUUAAAAUUGCACCCAUUGAUGUCCCAGACGAACUUUAUGAAU